CAGGACUACUGUCUCCUACGCCUGGCCCUUGAAGGAAAGGAACAAAAACCCAGGAGAGCGUAGCUGCACACUCAGUAAACUUAACGUUCCUGUAAACUUAACGUUCCUAUAAACCAGUAGCAUCUGAAGUGUGGUUGAAAAUACAAAUAAACGCGCUUGCAAGGAAGAAGUGCCUCGGUACUAUCCUCGGCCCCGCCGGAAGGCCCUGGGAGAUGCAGCCACAGGUCUCCUGCUACAGCCGCUGUCAGCCCCGCGCAGGGAGGGCCGCACAGCCCCCUCGCCCAGCCCCGAGGAAAAAAAAAAAUCGCGGGGGAUUCCAGUGCGCAGGCGCCGACCCGCCAACUCCGCAGCCCCCCAGCUCGCCAAGGCGCCUGCGCAGAGGCGUGGGUCAAGGGGAGGGUCGAGUUAGGAGGGAGAGCGGAGCGCGCGCGUAAAUCCUAGAGAGGCGGGCUAAGCUGGACUGGGGGGAGGGUCCGUCUUCCGGAAAGUCUGGAUUCCCGGACGAGCCGAGUUGCCGCUCACCGAACUCCCGUUCGAGAGAUGAUCGAAGAAAGUCGGCUACCAUUUGUACCCAUCGAAGAGCUCCAGAUGGAAGCCGGCGCUGAAUUUGGGCUGAGAUUAGGACUUGCAGAAGGCCGGUCCGGAAGACUGCGGAGGGAAUCUUGGCGGGCGCACGCAUGCGUGGUAGAUCUUCCACACGUGUGGCCGGGCCGCGGCCUCCCCGUGCUCGGAGGUCCCGCCCCCGGCCGUAGCAUCUUUCCGGACGUGGGGAGCCGGUAAGCUGGAAGGGGGCUGGGCUUCGCGGCUCGGCCCCGCCUCGGCAGCCUCCAAUUGGGCGCGGACGAGGGCGCCCCCACCCACCGCCCUCCUAUUGGUUCGCGCAUGCAAGCGACGCGUCUCAUUGGACCGCGCGGAUUUAGGCACCAAAUUCAAAGAUUUUAAAAGUACCAGCUGGCGCCUUUUAAGAGAUACAGGUCUGUGAAGCAGGCAGGUUGCUCAGCUGCCCCCGGAGCGGUUCCUCCACCUGAGGCGGACUCCACGUAGUCUGGCAUGAGCCGGCGCCCCUGCAGCUGCGCCCUACGGCCACCCCGCUGCUCCUGCAGCGCCAGCCCCAGCGCCGUGACAGCCGCCGAGCGCCCUCGACCGUCGGAUAGUUGUAAAGAAGAAAGUUCUACCCUUUCUGUCAAAAUGAAGUGUGAUUUUAAUUGUAACAAUGUUCAUUCCGGACUUAAACUGGUAAAACCUGAUGACAUUGGAAGACUAGUUUCCUACACCCCUGCAUAUUUGGAAGGUUCCUGUAAAGACUGCAUUAAAGACUAUGAAAGGCUGUCAUGUAUUGGGUCACCGAUUGUGAGCCCUAGGACUGUAGAACUUGAAACUGAAAGCAAGCCCUUGCAUAACAAGGAAAAUCAACAUGUGCAACAGACACUUAAUAGUACAAAUGAAAUAGAAGCACUAGAGACCAGUAGACUUUAUGAAGACAGUGGCUAUUCCUCAUUUUCUCAACAAAGUGGCCUCAGUGAACAUGAAGAAGGUAGCCUCCUGGAGGAGAAUUUCAGUGACGGUCUACAAUCCUGCCUGCUACAAAUACAAAGCCCAGACCAAUAUCCCAACAAAAACUUGCUGCCAGUUCUUCAUUUUGAAAAAGUGGUCUGUUCAACAUUAAAAAAGAAUGCAAAACGAAAUCCUAAAGUAGAUCGGGAGAUGCUGAAGGAAAUUAUAGCCAGAGGAAAUUUUAGACUGCAGAAUAUAAUUGGCAGAAAAAUGGGCCUAGAAUGUGUAGAUAUUCUCGGCGAACUCUUUCGAAGGGGACUCAGACAUCUCUUAGCAACUAUUUUAGCACAACUCAGUGACAUGGACUUAAUCAAUGUGUCUAAAGUGAGCACAACUUGGAAGAAGAUCCUAGAAGAUGAUAAGGGGGCAUUCCAGUUGUACAGUAAAGCAAUACAAAGAGUUACCGAAAACAACAAUAAGUUUUCACCUCAUGCUUCAACCAGAGAAUAUGUUAUGUUCAGAACCCCACUGGCUUCUGUUCAGAAAUCAGCAGCCCAGACUUCUCUCAAAAAAGAUGCUCAAACCAAGUUAUCCAGUCAAGGUGAUCAGAAAGGUUCUACUUAUAGUCGACACAAUGAAUUCUCUGAGGUUGCCAAGACAUUGAAAAAGAACGAAAGCCUCAAAGCCUGUAUUCGCUGUAAUUCACCUGCAAAAUAUGAUUGCUAUUUACAACGGGCAACCUGCAAACGAGAAGGCUGUGGAUUUGAUUAUUGUACGAAGUGUCUCUGUAAUUACCAUACUACUAAAGACUGUUCAGAUGGCAAGCUCCUCAAAGCCAGUUGUAAAAUAGGUCCCCUGCCUGGUACGAAGAAAAGCAAAAAGAAUUUACGAAGAUUAUGAUCUCUUAUUAAUCAAUUGUUACUGAUCAUGAAUGUUAGUUAGAAAAUGUUAGGUUUUAACUUAAAAAAAAUUGUAUUGUGAUUUUCAAUUUUAUGUUGAAAUCAGUGUAGUAUCCUGAGGUUUUUUUCUCCCCAGCAGAUAAAGAGGAUAGACAACCUCUUAAAAUAUUUUUACAAUUUAAUGAGAAAAAGUUUAAAAUUCUCAAUACAAAUCAAACAAUUUAAAUAUUUUAAGAAAAAAGGAAAAGUAGAUAGUGAUACUGAGGGUAAAAAAAAAAUUGAUUCAAUUUUAUGGUAAAGGAAACCCAUGCAAUUUUUACCUAGACAGUCUUAAAUAUAAGUCUGGUUUUCCACCUGUUAGCAUUUCAGACAUUUUAUAUUCCUCUUAAUUGAUACCAACAGAAAUAUCAACUUCUGGAGUCUAUUAAAUGUUUUGUCACCUUUCUAAAGCUUUUUUUCAUUGUGUAUAUUUCCCAAGAAAGUAUCCUUUGUAAAAACUUGGCUUGUUUUCCUUAUUUCUGAAAUCUGUUUUAAUAUUUUUGUAUACAUGUAAAUAUUUCUGUAUUUUUUAUAUGUCAAAGAAUAUGUCUCUUUUGUAUGUACAUAUAAAAAUAAAUUUUGCUCAAUUAAAUUG